AUGCCGCUGUCAGCAUUGGCUGAAAGGCGAGCCGACGUCUUGGCAGCACUGUGCAAGGAGGUGCAGGGAGGACCCCUUCCUGGUGGAAAGGAUCAGGAGGACCCGACAACGCGGCAGUAUGCCGUGCUCUCUUUGGGUUGCCUGUGCAUCGGCGCGGCGCUGUCUUCGGAGGAGAUAUCGUUGCUGCUGUCUGCACUGGAGGCGGCCAUGGGCGACUAUGCCACGGACCGCCGGGGCGACGUCGGCUCCUGGGUCCGGGAGGCGGCCAUGGAGGUGAUCGUGGCCAUCCUCGAGGCGCAGCGAAUGCAGGAUGCGCAUCCUGCCCUGCCUGAUGCAGCAUGCACCACAAAGCUGGUGUCUCUGCUCUUGCAGCAGGCUGUGGAAAAGAUCGACCGCUUGCGGGAUCGAGCCUACGGGCUCCUGUGCUCUUUGCUCUGCGGCCGUCAACUUGGCCUGGCUUAUGCGAAGCGUCGGGUGCUUCAUGGGGAGGCCUACGAGGGGCUAGGGCUGGUAUCGGCGGUAGAGGACAAAGGUGCCGGUCCAGCUCGAAAAGCCUGGCCGCCUGCACAGGUGGAGCUGCUGUCAGGCUGCUUGCAGCCUUCCGAGACUGUGAAGUCGGAGAUCGCAGGAGCAGGCAAGCCGGAGGCAGACCGGACCGCUGUUUUCGACUCGCUGACGCCUUUGCUCUCAGCCGAGGAGUAUCGGUCCUCGCUGCUCCUCGGCUUGGUCGUGUCUGUUGGUGGAAUCACCGAGCACACGGCCAAGGAAGCCAAGCGAGCUCUCUUGCGGCAUUUGGCUUCAGAGACGGCUCAGCAGCAGGUCUGCCAGGAGCUGCUGCGCAUCUUCGACACGGCAGGCUUCAAGGACGCGGCCGGUGAGGCGAAACGGCUGCUGGCGCCUCUCUUGAACACAACUGGCAUCCUGCUCUCGCAGGAUUGCAUUCCUCUCGACUUCGCUCGUGACAUCUUCGACCGGACUGCUAGGGCAGUCCGGAAUUCGCGUGACAUCGGUCGCCUACGAGCCUCUGUAGCUGUCUUCAUCGGCUUGAUGAAGUGGCCCGGAAGUCUGCGACGCGAGGCGCUGGCCCUGCUGCUGCAGUUCCUGGGCUUCAGCUUCCCCACCGUGCGACAGGCUACCGCCCAGGCGCUGUACAUCAGGCUGCUAGAGGAGGAAGGAGACCUGGACCUGUCUGCAGAUGUGUCGCAGGCCGGCUACGCCCUAUCGCAGCCAGACAACAAGGAUGUUAAGAGUGCCAUUGUCAAAGCAGAGGCUGUGUCUGAGGCACAGGAGCUUGUCUCCGCGACGCCUUGGGCCACAGACGAUGAAGCAAUGCUUGGGGCAGCGCUCACGGAGGUGUAUGCGAAGCUGCAGAUGGAGCUUCCAACCAGCGGCCGGUCGAUCCUCGUGCCAAAGAAGCCACAAGAGGAGCGACCGAGGGAGGCCCAGUAUGCUGACUUGGUGCGGGAGAACCAUUACUGA